ACUGUGAACGGAGCCCUAUGUGUUAUUGUUUGAUUAUACGGAAAUCUCGUGUCCUUUACCAUUAGCUGAUCCUUUAUUAGAACGAUAAUCGCAUAAAUCGCAAAACAAUCCAAAAUAAUGCAAAAAGACUCAAAAAAGAAACAAUCGAAAAACAAACCAAAAAUAAAUGCACUCCGCGAGGAAUUGCAUCGACUCCGGUCGGAUCUGAUGCGCUUGGAAGGAGAGCGAAUCCAAAUGGCCGUUCGUCAGACGGAUCUGAUGAGCCACUGGAGUUCGGUUUCCGCCACCUAUCAGGCAGCGAUAAGCGAACGGGACAAAACAAUUUUGGAGCUACUGCUUGAAGCAGACGGCGGCGGAGGAAGAAAUGGAGACCGGCCUGCACCGCCAUCAAGUGACGUUGCUUUCAACAACGAACAAAGGUUGCGAGCUGUGGGUUUGCGUACGGCAGACAGGGAAGUUCAAACUGGGCUGUGGUAAUUUGUGGCAAUUUAUUUUCUAACCUACGAGUACAAAAUAAACACUAAAAUAAAAUAUAUGUUACGAACAA